UGUGUAUAGAUAUAGGAGGUGUAGCCUUUUCAGUGAAAGGUGGUGGAUUCGAUCCAACUAUAUAAGCUGAAACUUAGCCCCCUGACAACAUUCAACGCUUGAAUCCUUGCAUCAGCAACAUCCCUCAUACGUUAUAAAAAUGAAUAAAAUUAUAUUCGCUCUGGGUCUCGUGGCCCUUGCCGCCGUGGCCAGCGCCAGUGGAUACGAGGAAGAUCACGGCAAAUCAACGUACGAGGAAAAGACCAAAACCGUUCAAAUUCCCAUUUACAAAAAAUACGCCAUACCGAUUCCUCACCCUGUACCAGUACAAGUGCCCCAGGAAAUCAAAAUCCCGAUUCCCCAACCUUACCACGUUCAGGUUCAGAUUCCUCAGCCCUAUCCGGUCGAGGUCAUCAAGCACGUUGAAAUCCCCGUGGAGAAACCCGAGCCAUACACCGUAGAAAAACACGUUCCAUUCGUCAUUGAGAAGCCGUACCCGGUUUACGUAGAGAAGAAAUUCCCCGUUCCGAUCGCCAAGCCGUACCCGGUCCACGUGCCAGUUUACAAACACGUAUUCCACCACACUUCGUCCGGAGGACACGGUAAGGGUUGGCACUAAAUAUUCGUCGCCGUACCAACGAACAGCCGAGGAAAUCCUUUUCCCAAAAACCAACGCUACCUACCGCCGUCGACUCGAUGCGCCAAAUUGCAUAUUUGAGUCCCCCGAAAUCCCAUCCAAAGAGGAACAAUCUGAAUGUUAAUAAGGAUUGAUAUAAUACCGAGAAGAAUUUAUCGGCGUUGGAGAAACUGGCAGGCAACGGCCACAUUACCCAGCCAAUGGAUUUAUUAUGUUUAACUAUACAUAUAUACUAUGAUCUGUAAAUAGGACGAGUUUUGUUUGCAUUUUUUUUUAUACGAUUAUUAUUACUGUUGUUAUUGUUGACUAUUUUCUUAUCAGCCGUUUGUGCGAGUAUAUAACGAAUAUUGUAUCACGCACAAAUGAUCUCUAAUUAAAAAACAAAAAUAAAUAAUGAUAAAAAGAA